GUUCAAACGUUCAACGUUCAACGUUCCACCUCGACUGAACGCACAAGCUCAGGCGGAUAACAACCUCGACAGUUGGCAGGCUGCAUUACGUGACUGCGAUGAUGACGUCACUAUUUUAAUUAGUAAGUAUCCUCGGAUCGCAAGGUGUCUUUUCGUUCUUCAUGAAUUGUGUUCUUCCGGGGGUGGCUCAGGCCAGCCAGCUUGUCGGACCUGUCAUGACAAAGGCUGUCAUUGGGGUUUAAUUAAAAACAUAUCAAUGUUGGCUCCGGUUCAAUCCAAAAAAAGUGUUCUGGAGUGAACAAAGCGGGCCGGCCUUGGCCUGCUUCUAUCAUUGAUACUUAAACCAAAGUAAUUUCUACUCAGCGGUCCCAGACUCCCCUCAAUUUCCUUUCAUCAUGGCGCCCGUCACACAGAUCAUGUACUUCAAGACCUCUUCGUCCUACCUCCAGGAUCCCUCUCGCUUGAUCUCUGAGCUUGCAACCAAAUCUGCAGCAGACAAAAUUGAAGGGCUCUCUAAGGCAUACCUCGGCUUCGAGACUGAGGAUCCGACCAAUGCAUUCUGGGUCUUUGAGUGGACUUCCAAGUCUGCGCAUGACACAUAUCAUCAGACAGACACUUUCAAAGCUACACAAGCAGCUGCUCGACAAGUUUUUGCGAGCAGACCUACCCAUACAUUUGCCGGGUUCUCCAACGCUAGCCGGAUCUUUUCUGCACCAGCGACGGAAUUUGUCACUUUCACUCUCAAGAAGGAUGCUAGUAUGGACGCACUUCAACCCCUCGUUCAACAGCUCCAGGCUAAGCUUCAAGGAACGCCCAAAUUCUACGGCUCGAGCUGGGCGCCUGUCGUUGAUAAGCCCAACGUGAUUCACGGCGUGUUGGGAUGGGAGAGUGUACAGGCACACUGGGAUGCUGUAAGCUCAGGUCCCCUCAAGGAGAUCAUCGAUGAAGUGAAGAAGAUUGCUGACCUUUGGCUUGUUCACGCUAUACUGACACCAUACAAAGUGUGAAGUACGAACUCGUUGUAUAGGGAAGUUAUGAAGUACAAAUGUACAAUCUUAGAUAUCCCCGAGGAAAACAUUCGAUUUAGCUGUGCACCCAGGCCCAGAGUCUGGAGUUCAGUUCA